AUGUCCAAGUUACCUAACACCAAUGAAAGAUUUGCAGAAAAUAACUUUUUUGAGAGUCUAGAACCUAGUGAACUAGAUUAUGAGUCUAGACACAAUGAAUUUAUCAUAUCAUCUUUGUGGCUCACUGCUAAACUACUAUCUAGUAAUACUAAAGCAACAAAUAAAAUACUAGCAAAUGUUUUAUAUAGAAUAUCAGCAGCCCUACACCUGUUAGAUAAUGUACUUAAGGCAGUAUAUACCUCUAAGCCACUACAAACAGAUCAAGAUACUCAUCAAACAUGGGCUCUUAUUAAAGAUCAAGCUAUUAGAACAAUAUCUCAUUCUAUAACCUACAGCAGAAGUAACAAGGUGUUUAAUCAAUACCUCAAAGCACUUAUUGAAAAGGAAAAUGCCACAAAUAAGUUUAUCUUAGAGGCUCUUAGAAACAAGAGUUGUGCCUCAAGAAGAAGAAGCAACACCAGUUACAAUAAUAGGCAAACUCCUUUUCACCCAAACUUUAGACAAACCAAAACAGACAUAAGAAUUAUUGGUUUUACAAACAUGAUAGAAAUAAUCAGAAAAAUGUACAAAGAGAGUGAAGAAAUAUUUUUGACAUUUCUUGGGUAUCAAACAUUUUACAAUACAGAUAUACCCAGAAUAGACAAGAUUACUACUACUAAGACAACAAAUAAUAAAACCUACAAUAACACAGUAUCAAUUAACAAUCAUUUCAGAAAUCAAAGACUUAUUACAAAAAGAGGCUAUAGUAAAGAUAACAGAAGAUACUUCAUGUUUCAUUUCACAAAUUUUCGCAAUCCCCAAGAAAUCAGAAAAAAAUUAGAUCGUAAUAGAUCUAAGAUUAUUCAACAAUCACUAAAACUUUCAUCAAAGACAGCUACAUAUCAAUAUUCUAAAGCUCAUAGCAAUACAUUAUGCACUAUUAGCACUCAAAGAUCUGAAGGAUUGAUCUAUAAUAAUAAAAACAGACAAUUCAACUUGUAUGAUAUACUUAAACUACCAAGAAGAGAUGGUAUCAAAAAAAUUAAGCAAACUAGCAGAAAAGAUAUAGAGGCUAUAUCUUUUUCAAAACUUGAAAUUGAUAGCCCAACACAUCCUGAGCAAACAGAAUAUUUUGGCAGACCAGGCAUUAAGGAGAACUCUCAAUCACUAUGA